AUGAUGAAAGACUUAAUGUCCCGGAAAUUUGACUUCCAAGACUUGGCCACUGUGACACUUACUCAGACGUGCAGUGCAGUGGUAACUAGACCUGUUGCUGAAAAACUCUCUGAUCCAGGGAGUUUUACUAUUCCAUGCACUAUUAGAAACUUUGCUUUUGCGAAAGCACUCUGUGAUUUAGGGGCCAACAUUAAUCUUAUGCCCCUGGUCAUUUACAAAAAGUUGGGCAUUGGGAGAGCUAGACCCACCUCUAUGUUGUUGCAGCUGGCUGACAUGACUGUGAAGCGUCCAUUUGGGAUCCUUGAUGAUGUACUUAUUCAG